AUGGGACCUGUAAGAGCUACGGCCUGUAAACUAGGUUCAUGUGACAAUCCUGACUGGAAUGCCUAUAUGUGCUUAAGAACAAUGACUGUAUACUUUGAGUCUGGUGAAUAAAAGAUAAUGAUAUUUUACACAGACAGCUUCGAAGUAUUCCUAAUAGGAAUCUAAACUAUGAUCUAUGACAAGAUUAAAUAUUGUUCUUGAAAGCUGGUGUUGCAAAAUUAAAAACCAUUCUGUAGACAAACCACCUAGACACUGUUGCUUGAUCACUGUAUUCUUUACAUUUAUUUACUGGUAGGGGUUUGUCCACAUUAUAUCUCCUGCAAAGCAUACUUUCAACUGCCAACGGUUUCACCAACUAAAGUACGAAGAUUAGUUGGAUUUUGACAAAACAAAACAUCCCAAGAUAAAAACUUCCAAGAAUUCAAGUCCCCCGUCUUGCUAAAGAACCUUUUUGUACCAGAAAUUUGAGACAACUGGCUUUUCAACCAGCAAUCCUAAUUUUCGCAGUGCGCAGAUGCUGAUGAGCCAUUCUCAUAUGUACUAAAUGUCAAGGCAGAACCUUCCAAAUCUGCAUCAUGGGAAGCACUUUGCUUUUCUGAAAAUUCAAAAAGUUCAAAAUAGGCAGAAAUUUUGCUCUGGAAAAAAGAUCCCCAUUUGAGUUUUAAGCCCAAUCAACAUUACCCCAUUCAUUCUCUCUUGUUUCUUUACUAAUGCAGGAGAAAAAGUGGACUCCUGUAUAUUGUCAGCCAGGUGAUGAUAGUGACUGUGAAAAUGAACCCUUAAGCUCUCAGUUAGCAAAGAAAAAGGGAAUUGGCCAGUUUGAUGAAAAUGACACAGAUAGCACUGACAUUCUAAGUUCUACAAGCCAGUCAAGCCUAAGUGCUCCUGAUGAUGAAGGUAUACUAUACAGUCAAUUAAACAGCAGCAUGCUUCAAUUCAUGUGA